GGGUAAACACAUUUUCUCGUCAAUUACAUUGAAGAUUAGAACUCUAUCGUCGUUAUUGCCACUGCUUCGUCUGGAACAUAAAGUGAGAUUACUGAGAGGUCCACCGUGCACGGGAUUUGCUGUGGAUUUAAAUAACGACCAGAUAACACGUCGUCUUUCUGCGAGUAUACCCGCUCUUCCACCUACCUACUCCCCUUUUUACAGGAAGAAGCAAGAGAUAAUAGGUCGAGCAGCAGCCCCUCCGGGCAAAGGCAGUUGUUCGUCAUUGGCUCGCGUCGCCGUUCGCACCAUUCGAGCUUUGGAACGCACAGCGAAGCACGUUUUGUUACGGACAGACGUUUAUUCGACUUGAGAAGACACUGAACAGACGCCGAACGCUUCACACGGGAUACACACAUAUGAAUUGCACCAUGGAAAUAUAUCACGAUAAAGAUACCAAACAAUGCACCGAAGCAAUGUCUCGCCUAUCGGUGAAAACCUCAAAAUGUACAAGGCCACGUAGCAAAGGUGAGAGCAGAGGGCAAAGGCUCACCGGUCUUAGCCACGAAUGUGGUGUUUUUGGAUGUAUCGCUGCGGGGGACUGGCCAUCGCAAAUCAAUGUAGGCCAAGUUAUUUGUUUAGGACUUGUGGCCUUGCAACACCGAGGACAAGAGAGCGGAGGCAUCGUAACAAGCGAGGGAGUCUGUUCAAAGUCAUUUCACGUCCACAAGGGUAUGGGAAUGAUUAAUAAUAUCUUCAACGAUGAAAAUAUGAAAAAGCUCAAAGGGAAUCUCGGAAUUGGCCAUACCAGAUACAGUACGAGCGCAGCUAGCGAAGAGGUCAACUGUCAACCAUUUGUGGUUCACACUGCGCAUGGUGCGUUGGCAGUGGCUCACAAUGGUGAGCUAGUCAAUACAGAAUCCGUCAGAAAAAUGGUACUAGGUCGAGGAGUCGGUUUGUCGACGCACUCGGAUUCCGAAUUAAUAACACAAGCGCUUUGCUUGAAUCCACCGGAAGCUGAAGUCAAUGGACCAGAGUGGCCGGCGCGUAUCAAGCAUCUUAUGCAAUUGGCACCGUUAUCAUAUUCCCUGGUUAUAAUGCAAAGGGACAAAAUUUAUGGCGUACGAGAUCCUUAUGGAAAUCGACCUCUCUGUUUAGGAAAAAUUGUACCUAUUGGCAAUUUAGCGAGUAACGAAUCCGACGACGACGACGAAGCUGAAGGCUGGGUAAUUUCGUCGGAAUCAUGCGGAUUCUUAAGUAUAGGCGCGAGAUACGUACGCGAAGUGUUCCCUGGUGAGAUAGUAGAACUAACUCGAGAGGGUAUCAAGACCAUCGACAUAGUAGAAAGGCCGAACAAAAGACCGCAAGCGUUUUGCAUAUUCGAGUAUGUUUACUUCGCGAGAAGCGACAGUAUCUUCGAAGGACAAAUGGUAUAUUCUGUGCGUAUGCAAUGUGGACGAGUACUAGCAAUGGAAUCACCGGUAGAAGCAGACAUAGUGAGCUCUGUACCUGAAUCGGGAACCGCGGCGGCGCAUGGUUACGCCAGACAAUCGAAGAUCAAUUUCGCGGAGGUGCUUUGCAAGAACAGAUAUGUUGGACGAACGUUCAUACAACCGAGUACACGGCUACGCCAGCUCGGCGUAGCCAAAAAGUUCGGGGCUUUGUCGGAGAAUGUAAAAGGAAAGAAGAUCAUUCUCGUCGACGAUUCCAUCGUCAGAGGGAAUACAAUCGGCCCAAUCAUCAAGUUACUGCGCGACGCAGGCGCCAAGGAGGUUCACGUGAGAAUAGCAUCCCCACCGCUCAAGUAUCCGUGUUACAUGGGCAUCAAUAUCCCAACCAGAGAAGAACUAAUCGCGAAUAAGUUGGAUAACGUGAAACUGGCUAAACACGUAGGCGCGGACAGUUUGACGUACCUUUCCGUGGAGGGACUCGUUGAAGCGGUCAGGUAUCGCAUGGACAAUCGCGAGAGCAAGUACGUCGGCCACUGUACCGCCUGUUUGACUGGAGACUACCCAGACGAGUUUCCGAGUGAUCUCGACUGGUGAAGGCACGACAUGUGAUUACGAUUCUACAAAUAAACAAACACAACUUAGAUACUGACGAGCA